AUGGAUCAAGGGGAGAAAAUACAGCUCAAGAGAGUAUUUGGCUAUUACUGGGGCACAAAUUUUUUAAUAAUUAAUAUAAUUGGUGCAGGAAUUUUUGUGGCCCCCAAAGCGGUGCUGGAGUACUCGCGCAUGAAUGUGGGGUUCUCCUUGUGUAUUUGGGGUGUCUGUGCCGUACUGACCAUGAUGAACAGUCUCUGCUUUGCAGAGAUAGGCGUAACCUUCCCAUGCAGUGGCGCUCACUACUAUUUUCUCAAGAGAUGCUUUGGUUCCUUGAUCGCUUUCCUGAGACUCUGGACAGCACUGUUUGUGGGGUCAGGCGUAGUUGCUAGCCAAGCCCUGCUCCUUGCUGAGUACAGCAUCCAGCCUUUUUAUCCCAGCUGCUCUGCCCCCAAACUACCAAAGAAAUGUCUGGCACUGGCCAUGUUGUGGAUUGCGGGAAUUCUGAACUGCCGUGGUGUGACAGAGGUGUCUUGGUUGCAGACAGUUAGCACAGUGCUGAAAAUGGCCAUACUUGGCCUCAUUUCCCUAAGUGGAGUGGUGCUGCUGAUGAGAGGGAGAAGGGAGAACACAGAACCGCUGCAGAACGCUUUCGAUGCUGAGUUUCCUGAUGCCUCCCAGAUGAUAGAAGCUGUCUUCCAAGGAUAUUUUGCGUAUUCAGGAGGGGAGUGCUUGACAUAUGUAGCAGGGGAGCUGAAGAAACCCAGAAAGACAAUUCCCAAAUGUGUGUUUACGGCGAUCCCUCUGGUGACGGUGGUUUAUUUGCUGGCUAACAUUUCCUACCUGGCUGUUCUGACACCAAGGGAAAUUCUCUCUUCAGAUGCUGUGGCUAUCACAUGGACUGAUAAAGUUUUCCCCUCACUAACAUGGGUUGUUCCUUUUGCUAUUUCUGCCUCAUUGUUUAGCAAUCUUAUGAUUAAUGUACUUGAAUCAUCCAGGGAGAUAUAUAUUGCGAGUGAAGAGGGCCAGCUUCCUUUAUUAUUUUAUAUGCUUAAUAUUCACUCCUCUCCACUUAUGUCUGUGCUUCUAAUUGUCAUUAUGGCAUCCGUUGUGAUCGUCUUAACAAGCCUCAUUGAUUUGAUAAACUAUCUUUAUUUUGUGAUUUCUUUUUGGUCUUUAUUAACAAUGAUAGGCAUGCUGAAACUCAGAUAUCAGGAGCCCAAUCUACCUAGACCUUAUAAGGUAUUUUCACCAUUUAUAUUGAUAACGAUGGCCAUCAGCCUGUGCUUGGUUGUUAUACCAUUGGUAAAGUCUCCAAAUAUGCAUUAUAUCUAUGUGCUCCUCUUUGUUCUCAGUGGACUUCUGUUCUACAUACCUUUAAUACAUUUUAAAUUGAGGAUGGUUUGGUUUGAGAAGAUGACUUGUUAUUUGCAAUUACUAUUUAAUAUUUGCUUCCCUGAUGCAUCUGAUGAACAGAUGUCAGAAAUAGAAAUUGUUAAAAAAGUAGCUUUAUAAAAACCACCAAAUUCCAAAUAAAGAUUAAGCACAUGAUGAAAUAUUA